GGGAUUUACGCGGAAAACAAGCAGAAAAUCUGGCAGAGGCGACAGUGAGCAAGCGGCUAGCAAUAGAGAUACGAGUGAAUGGUAAAAGGGGCGAAUCGUGCAGUCGCGGGAGCAUGUUUAUAUGGACAGAGCCCAGCAUGCACCAAGUCUCUGUUAGUAAUCUUUCAAAUCUGACGCAAAAGGGGUGGACGCAACCCAAGAGCGGAAACAAAGGCGCUUUGGUUUGAACAAAAUACAUCUGUAAAGAAGGGGGAUAAUUGGUCCCUCAGUAUGAGUCGAGAUGGAUGGAGAAAGAAAGCCAGUGAAGAUGAUGGGUGGGGUGGACGGGGCGGUUACAUGGCUGCAAAAAUCUCUAAGCUUGAGGAGCAGUUUCAGAAGGACGCCCCGAGAGAGAAGCAGAAAGAUGGAACGUCCUCCUAUAUCUUCAGCGGUGUGGCUAUCUACGUCAAUGGAUACACAGAUCCCAGUGCAGAUGAGCUGCGCAGGCUGAUGAUGCUGCAUGGUGGACAGUUCCAUCUCUAUUACACUCGCUCCAAAACCACACAUAUCAUUGCCACCAACCUGCCCAACAGAAAAAUACAAGAGCUCAAGGGAGAGAAAGUAGUGCGGCCAGAGUGGAUCACAGACAGUAUAAAAGCAGGCCAUCAACUUUCGUACGUCCAGUAUCAGCUCUAUACGAAGCAAAAAGGCUUGAACUUUACCAGUGUUUGUGCACGAGGAAAGCAGGAUCCAUCAUCCAGCCAUGAACCAUCCAAACCAAGUCUAAACCACCCCGAGUCAGACAGCAUCAAGCCUCAGCCCAGCCACACUCAAACCCUCUCUAAAGAAGUUCUCAAAUCCACUCACGCUAACCACAAAGCUAACUUCACUGAGCGAAGCAAUCAUCAGCUAGAUGUCAGAUUAAAUGGUUCCUGUAGUAUAAUCUCUGAGGAGGAUGCAGAGAGGCCUAGAGUUAAUGGAAUUCAUGAUGGAGAUGAUGAUGAUUAUGACAACGCCUGUGCCCUUUUGCCAAGAGGCUCACAAGACACUUUGUUAACUAACGGUUAUGUACACCCUGUGAAUGGUGCCUUAAAGCCUCAGGACUCUUUUGCAGAACUUCAGCUUCAUGUUGUUGACACAGGGUCCCAUCAGUCUCACCUCCCACAGACUGAAAGCAGGGAUAGGGAGGAGUCCAGCUGCUCUUCUGCUGGGUCAAAAGCAAAUUCCCAUCAGAGGUCCUUAAUAUCCACUGCCAGUCCUGCAAAGCAGCCUGGUCUUCACAAUAUGCAAAAGGACCUCCAUCCGAAACCAACAUCUAAACCAGGAACUUCAGCUGCUCCUCAAAAGGGGAAUCUGCACGAUCAGACAAGAGUUCGACUAAAUGGGAGCUAUCACAUGACCCCUAACUCCUCCACACUUGCAGACUCUAGUAAUCAGCCAGGAAGGUCGGGCCAGGGAGCAGAGGCUGGAAUCAUAUCCGAGUUCUUUUCUCACUCAAGGCUGCAUCAUAUUUCUACGUGGCGGAAUGAGUUCUCAGAGUAUGUCAACGGCCUUCAGAGCAGGAGUCGAGCUGCAGGAGGAGCUGUUUUCUCUGGAAAAGAGAAACUGAAGAAGCUCAAAGCUAACUGCAGUUCAGGUUCCUUAAUGGCUGCUCCUCAGGUGCGUCAGUCCUGCAUUCUUCAUGUGGAUAUGGACUGCUUCUUUGUGUCCGUGGGGAUCAGACACCGACCAGAUCUCAAAGGGAAACCGGUUGCGGUGACAAGUAACCGCGGUCCAGGCCGUGUUGCACAGCGACCUGGUGCAAAUCCUCAGCUCGAGUUUCAGUACUACCAGAGGAAACAGAAUCAGUACCGAAAAGAGAAAACAGAUGGGGAUCUUGAGAUGACCCCAUCUCCACAAUGUGAUGAAGUUCCCAGUAAUGGAGUGGAUUUGGACCUGGCUGCCCUUUCUAUGGCAGAGAUUGCAUCUUGCAGUUACGAGGCCAGGCAGACUGGUGUGCGAAACGGCAUGUUCUUUGGCCGGGCUAAGCAGCUCUGUCCUGAUCUGCAGUCUGUCCCAUAUGACUUCCAGGCAUAUAAAGAGGUGGCACUGUCCAUGUAUGAGACCUUGGCGAGUUACACUCAUAACAUUGAGGCACUGAGUUGUGAUGAGGCGCUGGUAGAUGCCACAAAACUUCUGGUUGAGCUGGGGGUUACUCCUGAUGAUCUAGCACGAGCCAUCCGUGAAGACAUAAAGGAGAAGACUGGUUGCUCUGCCUCAGUUGGAAUGGGUUCCAACAUCCUUCUUGCUCGGAUGGCAACUCGUAAGGCAAAACCAAAUGGGCAGUACUUCCUCAGAUCAGAGGAAGUGGAUGAUUUUAUCAGGGAUCAACCUGUCUCCAGUUUGCCUGGUGUGGGUCGCUCAAUGAGCUCCAAGCUGACCUCCCUGGGUGUGAGUACCUGCGGUGACCUGCAGCAGUUGUCCAUUUCUCGACUGCAGAGGGAGUUUGGGCCACGGACAGGACAGACACUUUUUCGCUUUUGCAGAGGACUGGAUGACAGGCCUGUGCGCAGCGAGAAGGAGAGGAAGUCUGUGUCUGCUGAGAUGAACUACAACAUUCGGUUCACACAGGUUGAAGAGGCGGAGUCUUUCCUUACGAACCUAUCUAUGGAAGUGCAGAAGAGGAUGGAGGGGGCGGGGCUUAGAGGUCGCCGGAUUACACUGAAGGUCAUGAUGCGGAAACCAGGGGCUCCAGUAGAGCCAGCCAAAUAUGGUGGCCAUGGGAUAUGUGACAACUUUGCCAGGUCUGUUUUACUAGCUCAGCCCACUGACAGUGGUCAGCUGAUUGCAGCAGAGGCCAUUAAGCUAUUCUAUGCCAUGAAGCUGGAUGUAAAGGACAUGAGGGGAGUGGGACUGCAGGUGCAGCAGUUGGAGGGAUCAUAUGCAGAUCCAUCAGGACAAGGGCCCUCUCGUGGUCGCUCGAUCAAAGACCUGCUGCUGGCCAAACAGCCUGCCCACAGCCCCAGGAAAGACCCUCUAGCACAAGAUGGUUUAACCGGCCCUUCUUCAUCCAGAGCUUUCUCCUCCAAUCAGGAGAGAGUUACCCCUCCAUCAUCACCACCUUCCACCAGCUCGGAUCCAAUGCCUGGAACAAGUAAAGGAGGUCUUCACCAUCCACACACCCCCAACCAUGUCAGGACAUACCUAAACGUCAGCAUUGAGGUGCCAUCCCCCUCUCAGGUGGACCAGUCUGUUUUAGAGGCUUUACCUGUAGACAUAAGGAAACAGGUGGAGCAGUCCUGGAGACACAGAGAGGAGCAGCCCAGCACCUCAUCUCAUCUCUCAACCCCACCUAGAACCUCCUCAUCUCCACCUCCAGGUCCAUCGCUUGGCACCCUUGUACUGCAGCUCCCAGACCAGCCAGGUCAACCAUGCACAACGGGCAUUAUACUAGAGCUCCCUGAUUUCUCCCAGGUUGACCCAGAAGUGUUUGCAGCUCUUCCCAGAGAGCUUCAGGAAGAGCUGUGCUCUGCUUAUAGAAACAAGGGAAAUGCUCAAGCCCAUGCUCAAGCUCAAGGCAGUGCUGUGGAACAAAAAAACCCAUUUUCUCAACUAAAGCAGCCUGCAGUGGGGAAAUUGAAGCGCCGCUACAAAAAAAGAAAUGCUAGUCCUGCCAAAAAGGGUCCAAGUCCACUAAAAAAACUAUUUCCUGGAAACAGCCCUGCCAAAUCCAGCCCCUCCAAAACUCUUCCUCUGCCACUCAAACAGCCAGGCCUCAAAACUGAAAAUGUACGGUGCCCAUCCUCUCCGAGCACGGAUGUCCCAGAGACGCUGUCCAAAUUGAAUCCCCGCCCAGUCCCAACCCUAGCUGGAGCUUAUGAAUUCAGUGACAUCAGAACUCUGCUUCGUGAAUGGGUCACCACCAUCUCGGAACCAAUGGAAGAGGACAUUCUCCAGGUGGUGAAGUACUGCACAGAACUCGUGGAAGAUAAAGACCUGGAGAAACUCUACCUUGUCAUCAAAUACAUGAAGAGACUUAUGCAGCAGUCCUCGGAGUCAGUAUGGAGCAUGGCCUUUGACUUCGUCCUUGACAAUGUGCAGGUAGUGGUACAGCAAACCUAUGGUAGCACUCUGAAGAUCACAUAGGAGGACCGUCCUAACCUCAGUCACUGUGACAUCAGCCCAGACCUGCCACCUCAUCAUGACGUGUGAGAGAGACAACAAAACCACUCGAGUCUGCCAAUCAUUAUAGCAUUGCUUAUCCUCUUGUGAAAUCACUGAUUUGAGUUUCUCAGAGAACACAGAGGAUUACAAGAUCAUGCCAAUGAUGAUGAGGAACAGAUGAGCAUACCAGCUACAUUCAGAAGCAGCUGAACACUGAACUUUUCUUUCAUCAUGAUGUCAGUUCUCCAUACUAAUGUCUAGAGGUAUUUUGGUAACACUUUUCAAUCAG